AUGAAUCCAUUUCAAACGAGAAGCUUACAAAGGAAAAAUACAAAAAACCUAGAAUUAGGUAACAACAAGAAUACUUUAAAUUCUAAUACAUGUGUAAGUGACGCGAUUCCUCCACGCCUCAGUAAAAUAGAGGGAAGAAAUCGAGACCCGAUUAUAUUGACUAAUCUUAAUUGCAACAAUGAUAGAACAGUAACAUCCAAGAAAUUAUUUCUAGAACGUAAUUUACAAAAAUCACCCAAGGAGCGAACAUACCAGUCUUCUUUGUCUCCUUCACCGUCGUCUGUUUCACCUCUAUCUUCUCCGAAUGAAUCACCAUCACACAAACUAAAUUUUGCUAACAAGGGUAGUUUAUACCUUCGAAGAGGUUUAAAGAAAAAACUGACGUUAGAUCCAACACCAUCACUCUCUGAACCGUUACCCCUGAAUCCAUUAGAAAUAAAAAAGCCACACUCUCAACAAACAGUAGAAACGUCAUCGGUACAUUCUCAAGUGAAAACAAUUAAACGUAAGGUUCCACCGUCACCUCUGAAACUCACAAAUAAUAAUAAUACCAUAAAUAAUAUCCAAAGUCAUCAAACUACUGUAAUAAAAAAUGAUACCAUAAUAAUACAACAACAGGAAGAUUCAGAUUCUCCUUAUAAAUCCAUUGCAUCACCACUAUACAAUAAUAAUAAAAGUUCAACUUCAUCUCCAACAUUGAUAGUGCCAACUACAAACACAACUAAUAAUAGCAGUGGAGGGAGCACAUCACCACAACAUACAAUACCUACGACAGAUUCCAUAUACCAAUUACAAGAUUUAGUCCAAUUAGGUAAGAUUGGAUCAGGUAAUUCAGGUACAGUAGUCAAGACACUCCACGUACCAACAUCCAAAAUAAUAGCUAAAAAGACAAUCCCCCUUGAGAAAAACAAUGAAAUCAUAUUGAACCAACUAAUUAGAGAAUUAACGAUAAUGAAAAGUGUCAAAUCACAUAAAAAUAUCAUAUCAUUCUAUGGUGCAUACUAUGACAAUGUGAAAAAUAAUGAAAUUAUCAUAUUAAUGGAAUAUAUGGAUUGCGGCUCGUUAGAUAAAAUCUUAUUAACUUAUAAAAGACUGGUUAAUCGUGGAUUCAUUGAUUCCAAAUUGAAAAAUUGGUUCAAUGAUUCUUUGAUACUUUCAAAAUUAUCAUACGCAGUUUUAAAUGGGCUAGAUUAUCUUUAUACUAAUUAUAAAAUUAUUCAUAGAGAUAUUAAGCCUUCUAAUAUUUUGGUUAAUAGUAAAGGACAAGUGAAAAUUUGUGAUUUCGGUGUUUCAAAAAAAUUAAUAAACUCAAUUGCUGAUACUUUUGUCGGGACUUCUACUUAUAUGUCACCGGAAAGAAUUCAAGGUAAUGUUUAUUCGACAAAAGGAGACGUUUGGUCAUUAGGUUUAGUCAUUAUAGAAUUGGUAACAGGCAAGUUCCCAUUAAGUUUAAAUAAUAAUAACAGCAAUCAUAAUAAUAAUAAUAAUAAUAAUAAUAAUAAUAAUAAAAAUAAAAAUAAUAAUAGGAAUUCUGAUAAUGAUAACAUCAUUAAUAACAAUAAUAAUUCUCCAGAUGGCAUUCUUGAUUUACUACAAAGAAUCGUUAAUGAACCAUCUCCAAAGUUACCCAGAGAUAAUAAUAAUUAUCAGUUCCCAACGGAAAUGAUAGAUUUCGUCAAUAAAUGUUGUAUUAAAGAGGAGAAAAAUAGAUCAUCAAUUCAUGAAUUGUUAGCUCAUGAUUUCAUUUUAAUGUACAGUGAUAAAUUAUAUAACAAAGAAUUCAAAAUGUGGUGCAAAAUGAUUAAAUCUUAUAUUAAACAAGAUAGACAGUUUAAACGUGAAGAUAUUGAACGUGCUAAAUUUGAAAAAAGACAAUUAGAAAAAUCAAGUGAAGCUGCUAAGAAGAAUAGACAUUGA